UACUUAUACCGCACAGUGUUCGUGGUUCUUAUUUUUAGCUUUGCAGAGAGCACUUCCAUGCUAUAUAGAUGAAUGCUGAUCAUGUCGGAAUACGGCGGAUAGCAUAGGGAUUGCUCAGUCCGCUCCCAACUGCUAAAUGGCCAACAACGCUCGGAUCGAACACACCUCCGCCGAGGGACAUGAAGGGGAUGCCACCUGCGUGGCGUACUUCGAUGGACAGCUGUUCUCCGGAGGCGCUGACGGAAAAAUCCGAAUCUGGUCGCCGGAACUACAACUGGCGGCCACUGUAAAUGCCCACGAGGCUUACAUAUACUGCAUGGCUAUCAACCAGCACGGAAAGGUCUACUCGAGCAGUUGCGAUGGCCAGGUUCACUUUAUGCUGCCCCCUUACGGAGACCAAGCUGUGCAGGAGCUUUUCCGUUGCGACGACGCCAUUCAGGCCAUGUAUUGCGACGGAACCGUGCUUUACACGGGAGAUGACAAGGGCGUGGUGACCACUUGGACCAACGAUCGCAUGCUCUUCAAGUACAACCUGGUGGAGGAGGUCAAGUCGCUGGCCGGCGAGCAAAAUCUCAUCUACACAGUUCGCGACCUGGACGUGGUGGUCUCCCAGGUGGCGGAGGGCAAGUCCGGAAAGUAUAGCAACAAGGCGGUCAUCGCCGGCAAGUCGCCGCUCCGUCUCCUUGGACCCUUGGUGGAUGGAAAACGCAGUUACCUCGCCUUUCCCGAUCGAUCUGGAAUGGGUCUGCAACUGGUUAACAACCUUCCGCAGCAGCAGUAUAGCCUACUUUGGCAUAAGCCGGACUGCCACGAGUUGAUAGUAAACGCCCUUUGCGGAGAUGAGAAGUAUUUGUACUCCGGCGGUUAUGACAAAAAGGUUAAGGCUUGGACCGAUCUGGGAUCCGCACAGCCAAAAGCCCUGGGCGAGGUGGAUGUGGGCAGCUGUGUGAAUAGCAUCUGCUGUGGCGACAACAACAAUCUUUAUAUAGCAAGUAGCGAUGGGCUGAUACGCAGUGCAAAAUUUGUAUAGUUUUUGAAACAUAAAAUAACUAAUAACAGAAUUUAUUACAAUAAAAAGCUCUUAUUACUUAUUA